AUGACCGGCCUUGCCAGAAUUAUGCUUUCAGUGCAGAACUUUCGAGCCGCUAUCUAUCACAAAAGGAAAGUGCGAGCCAAGGAAAGAUCCAGAUCCCGAACGAUCAUCGAAUUCCCUGUCGGGCCUUCCGGUCGUGAUCAAAAUCAAAAUAUUCGCCUGCUGCAAAAUGUCGGACUUUCUACCGUUGAAGCUCGUCUGCAGAGCAUUCUACGACCUCGUUAA